UUCAAAUCUGCACAGCCAAUGCAGUAGGUGUAGCCUACCUUACCUGCUCCUCUCAACUUUUGGCUUUCCAUUCUGUCGCAGGGAGGUGUUUGAGGGAUAUCCUAAUUCGGCGUGUGUGUCCUAACCAAUACUUUUGUUGGUCCUGUUUGAUUUUAAGAGAAAGUGGACUUUACUACUAUACGGAGCUGCAAUCAAUCAAAAUUAAAAAGACGCGGUUCGGGAUUUUAGUGUAAAUGGGGCGAUUUAGUUUUUAGUAGCAGCCGCAGCCUGGAGGAGUAUCCUUAUAUUCUUUGAUUUGUAAUUGUUUUGAAUACUGUGCCUGCAUCGAUCCUGCUGCUUGGAAUUACGAGGUGAGUUCUCCGCGGGCUGCACUGCACUGUACACGAGCUGGAAUAUUCAUCAGAAUUACUGUCUGCUCGCUCCGUGCAAGGUGUGCCGUACAACGAGAAUGCUUACUUGUAGGGUGCAGGAUCUCAGGGGAGUACGUGUCGGGAAACACAUCACUCCUCUCCACUGUGUCCUGCUGUUUCUCCUCCUCUGCAAUGCUCCAACAGGUGAAACUGGGUUCCUGGGAGGCUCCAAAGUCGUUUUUCCCGGUGGAUGCAGUGCGCCCUGGGGGCUGAGUAAAGGCACCCAGGUCCCUGUGCUCUCCAAUCUCACAGUGUGUCUGGACAUCAGACUGACUGCGCCCGGCCCUUGGGAAGCCUUUACUUACAAGACUUUGAAAGCAACCAAUUAUGACCUGGGGAUUGUUGGGAGCGAUGGAUUGAUCACUGUCUGGCUGCUGGGUCAAUCUUUCAACGUGUCCCAGAGCUUACCUGUAAUGACGUGGAACACCCUCUGCUUGGAAUGGAACGGAAGAGACAACAGGCUAUCGCUCAGAGUAAACGGAAGCCAGUUUCAGAAAAACAUCACUGGUGAUACUAUCCCCGAGAAUGGAACGCUGUUACUGGGCUGUUCAGGAAACAGCACAGCCACGGGCAUGGGGGAAAUGUACUUAUUCAGGCUGUGGGAUACAUCAAGCGGUCACCCUGCCAGCCCCUGCGAGAACGGCAAUGUCAUUGACUGGGAUGACAGACAGUGGAGCUUUAAUCGAAGCACUCUCAUCCCUGACCCCUCUCUGCAGUGCAGUGAAACUGGGUUCCUGGGAGGCUCCAAAGUCGUUUUUCCCGGUGGAUGCAGUGCGCCCUGGGGGCUGAGUAAAGGCACCCAGGUCCCUGUGCUCUCCAAUCUCACAGUGUGUCUGGACAUCAGACUGACUGCGCCCGGCCCUUGGGAAGCCUUUACUUACAAGACUUUGAAAGCAACCAAUUAUGACCUGGGGAUUGUUGGGAGCGAUGGAUUGAUCACUGUCUGGCUGCUGGGUCAAUCUUUCAACGUGUCCCAGAGCUUACCUGUAAUGACGUGGAACACCCUCUGCUUGGAAUGGAACGGAAGAGACAACAGGCUAUCGCUCAGAGUAAACGGAAGCCAGUUUCAGAAAAACAUCACUGGUGAUACUAUCCCCGAGAAUGGAAUGCUGUUACUGGGCUGUUCAGGAAACAGCACAGCCACGGGCAUGGGGGAAAUGUACUUAUUCAGGCUGUGGGAUACAUCAAGCGGUCACCCUGCCAGCCCCUGCGAGAACGGCAAUGUCAUUGACUGGGAUGACAGACAGUGGAGCUUCAAUCGAAGCACUCUCAUCCCUGACCCCUCUCUGCAGUGCACUGCUCCAGCAAAUGCUGCAAGCACAUCCGGUCCUCUGAAUGUCACAGUGUUCUCUGAAUCCACGACGACUGCAACUGUGUCAACAACAGCCAGCCGUCCGAAUGCAACAGGAAGUAGUACUACAACCAGUUAUGUUUCAUAUGGUACAUGUGAUUUUUCUAAAUUUUGCGUUGAAUCAGAUGACUUCUACAUGGUAAGAGCAGAAGUCACAUCUAAUGCCAGCAACAAAACGGAAUCAGAUGUUAAGGUUUGGCUCACUGACAAAUUCAACAUCUCAUCUAAUUCAACAUGCCUCACAACUGUGUCCAGCAAUGACACUGUAAAGGACAGCAAGUCAGCAUUGGGCGACCCUGCUAACUGCUCUGCAUCUUUAGAGUACAUGCUGAAGGCUAUUGCCGUGACCUGUGAGACGAAAGAAAACAUUAGUAUGACCAACUGUUCGAUAGCCCUGCAGCUGAAGAAGGGGACUAACGCAUGUCUCAUCUGGUACCUGCUCACAAAUCCUGAGAAUCAUACACUCCAGUUAACAUCAACUGGGAAACUCUUUCAAGCAGCCAGGUGCUACUGUCCCCAGAAUGAUGAGCUCACCACAACAUUCUCCUGGUUUCCCAUGGCACAUAAUCUCUCCAGUGUGUGUGCUGCAAACAGCAGCCUCAGCAUGGCAUGUAAAAAUGGAGAAACGAUCUGGAUUCCUCUAAAUGAGACCAGCGUGCAAUACUACUUCGAUCAGAAGGACAUUCCAGGGAACACAACAGAAACAAAGAAACAAUGUGAUUUUUCUGAAUUCUGCCGUGAAAAAAGUGCAUACUAUAUGAUAAGAAUACAAAUAUUGCCUGAAACUCGCAAUGUAAAGGAAUCAGAUGUUAAGAACUGGUUUUAUCAGGUGUUGAAUAACUCCGAGUGCAUUGAGAUGGGACUGGACAACUCCACCAAAGGGACCUGUACUAGGAUUCCAAAGAUUUUUAAAAUUGAGGGUGUUGGUGUCUACUGUGCAGAAAAAGACAGUGUGAACAACUGUACUGUGAUCCUGAAAAUAUCGCGAGUGUGGGAGGGAUGUUUUAUUCCCAUACUGAAUCAGAUUGAUGAUAUAAAUCUACAGUUAAAAUAUAUUGAUAAAGUGCUACGAGUGGCGUGGUACGGUGUUCCUUCCGGAGCUGAUCCACUGCAGGCCUCCCAGUUCAUCUGGGUCCCUGUUCCUGUCACUUCAACUGUGGUGUGCGCUGCAAACAACAAGCUCAACCUUACAUGCAAUAACAACACUACAAUAUGGGUUCCUCUGAAGGAAUCUGAUGUAAACUGUGGAGAUGGAAAUGGAACUACAGUGGAACCUUCUGGAACGACUGUAUCUUCUGGAACAACUGUGCUUAACUCUAGCUCUACCCCUAACCCACCCACUACAGCUCCAGUCAAUAACACGGUAGGGAAGGCAUCUGCUCUGUUAAACAUCACAGAAAACAUGGCAAACCUCAGCUCAGCGGAUAUUGAAAACCUGAUGAACAAGCUGGAUGCCCUUUUGAAUGGGCCUGUGGACACAAAGCUAGCCGGGAUAGUGGUCAACGUCGUCAGCAACGUGCUCAACGCCCCUGCAGAAACUGUGGCCGCGUCCUCCAAAAAAGUCAUACAGGUAGUGGACAAGGUGGGCCUGAAUCUGGUCUUCGAUACAGAGUCAGUGAACAUAACCUCGCCCGCACUGAGCCUGGCUGUAAAGAAAGUCAAUGGCAGCCACUUUGAGGAGUCGUCCUUUUCCAUUGCAGACACGUCCAAUUUUCAGAUCACGCCAAGAAGCCCUAACUCUUCCUCCAGUGUAGGAGCCAUCACUCUGCCAGCCUCCCUGAUGUCUAACUUAUCACUGGACAACCAGGCCUUGGCUUCCAGAGUCCAGUUCAGCUUCUAUGAGAAAAGCACUGUGUUUGUGGACAAGUCGAAUCCGAACAGAUUGUUGAACAGCUAUGUGAUUGGAGCUAGCGUUUCAAACCUAUCGAUAGUCAAUCUGCAGCACAGUGUCAUCAUCACCUUGAAGAACACCAGGCCUGUUCAGGAGAACUCCACUGCAGUGUGUGUGUUCUGGGAUUCCACGAUAAACCAAGGGAAAGGAGGCUGGAAUGAAAAAGGCUGUACUGUUUUGAAGAAUACAACCAAUGAAACCGUCUGCGGAUGCAACCAUCUUACAAGCUUUGCUGUGUUGAUGGAUUUGUCAAGAAGUAACCAAACGGAUCCGGAACAACUCAGAAUCCUUACUUUCAUCACAUACAUUGGCUGCGGCAUUUCAGCGAUUUUCCUCUCUGUGACUCUCGUGACCUACCUUUCAUUUGAGAAAAUCCGGAAAGACUACCCGUCCAAAAUCCUGAUUCAGCUGUGCACCGCGCUGCUCUUCCUCAACCUGGUGUUCCUCAUCGACUCGUGGAUCGCGCUGUACAAGGAUGUGCCGGGGCUGUGUGUGGCCGUCGCUGUGUUCCUCCAUUACUUCCUGCUGGCCUCCUUCACCUGGAUGGGGCUCGAGGCGUUCCACAUGUACCUGGCGCUGGUCAAAGUCUUCAACACCUACGUGCGCAAGUACAUGCUGAAAUUCUGCAUCGUCGGCUGGGGAGUCCCUGCUGUUGUGGUUGCUAUAGUAAUAGCUAUAAGCAGAGAAAACUACGGGCUCAGUUCCUAUGGGAAAUAUCCGGAUAACUCACUGGAUGAAUUCUGCUGGAUCAAAAGCAACAUUGCCUUUUACGUUUCAGUCGUGGGGUAUUUCAGCGUGAUCUUCCUGCUGAACAUGGGCAUGUUUAUUGUGGUGCUGGUGCAGCUGUGCCGCAUCAAGAACCAGAAGCACCACACCAGCCAGCGGGGCAGCAGCUUCCGGGACAUCAAGAGUGUGGCCGGCCUCACCUUCCUGCUGGGCAUCACCUGGGGCUUUGCUUUCUUCGCCUGGGGAGACGUGCAGCUGGCCUUCAUGUACCUGUUUGCUAUCUUCAACACCUUGCAAGGGUUUUUUAUCUUCGUGUUCCACUGCGCGGCCAAGGAGAAUGUCCGGAAACAGUGGAGGAUGUAUCUGUGCUGUGGAAAACUCCGACUGGCUGAAAACUCAGACUGGAGCAGGACAGCCACCAACACGAAGAAGCGAUCAGUGAUGCCGGUCACAUCUUUCUGCUCUGGCUCCUCCAGCUCCCUGCACUCCAACAUAACCUCCAGCGGCUCCAAGACCUUCCUCGUCAGCAACGAGCACGCCGCUCCUGUCACUGGAAAUGGUAACCACUACAGGGAGAGGGAGAGGGUGUCGCUCAAUACACCAAAUGGAGAUGUCAUGCUCAAUGAGAUCUCCCACGACAGAUAUAAGCUGUCAUUGAAGGAGGAAAAUGAUUACGAAACAGACAGCCUUUCCCUGAGGAAGACUUUGAAGAAACGGGGAGACAUGACGUCCAGCGAAGUGCAGUGACGUUAAACGUUAAAACGACAUGACGUUACAUUUCAACCAUUCGGUCGACAAAAGAUGUUGUAUUUCUAAGUGGGUUUGUUUGUUUGUAUGUUUGUUUGUUUGUUUGUGGUACAUGCCAUAUGUUUAUAAAUGUAAUGGUUUAAGUUUUAUAGGAGUAAAAUGAAUACAAAGUGGAAUAUUUGCAACACUUGCACAAACCGUUUCCUUAGAAUGUGAUUCUGUCUCAUGAACAAGCUGAUAUGAUAAUUAAGCCUUCCUAAGCUUUUGUCAAAACUUCAGUGAGCCUGCUUGCAGAGGGAGGGCAGGGCAAUCAUUGGAACAGCACAGUGCUCAUUGAGAAUGGUGUUCAGAACUGGGUUCCCGGCAGUGGAAACACAGCCUUAGAUAUUCCCCACAGCUUGCCUUGUGUUCAAACAGGCUGUACUAGGAUGCUUCUGAUGUGAGCUGUGCAUGACUUUUCCCCAGAAUCGUUUGCAUUCUGACAAGCUGGCCGUUUUAUGGGUUCCUGCCUGUCCCAGUGGAUAGAUUUGAGUAUUAGAUUUGAAGAGAUCUGAAGAUUCUACAGAUUUAGGUCCAACACUGUUUAGAUCAAAGCCCCUCUCAGCCAAUCAAAACCCCAGAUUUCAGAACAUUCCAGUACAUCUCAUUGUGCCAUAAGUGUCGCCUCACUUACGCACAGUACACGACCAACCAAGUACCAAUUGUGCUCGUUUCUUUUCUUUAAAACAGGGUUUAAAGAAGGGAAUACCUUUAAACAAAGAGCGUGUGCUUAACCCUUUCAUUAGGUGUUUUUUUCCUUUAAUAAAAUAGGAGUUAACUAAAGACUGGAGUAAACUCUUUGUAAAUAUGGUCGUUAGUACAGUAUAAUAGUAAGGAGUAUGUUUAGAGCAAACCUGUUCCAAUGCACCCUACUCUCCCCUUGUUUAUAGCAAUUGAACAGACCAAUGCGACAGUAUGGAACACAAAUAGAACUUGAAAUCUGUGGCGUGUUCUUUAGAUGUUCUGGAACACAGGUAUAGAGUUCUAGCUCUUUUGUGCAGUUUGUACUUGAAUUUUUAAUGUCAUGUUUUCUUCCAAAUAUAUAUAUUGCAAUAAAAAUAGCAUUGUACUGUACAUUUAUAUAUUCUGGUAAAUGGUACAUACUGUCUAUUGUGAUGGUAGGCAUCCAUAAUAAUCUCUUACUUUGUAUUUAUGAACUUGUAAAAUAGUAGUUUGUACUGUAAUGUGAUAAAUUGCAUUCAACAAAUCUGAA